AUUACGCUCGUGUUGUUCCGAUGCGCGCUGUCAAAAAUAAACGUUGUUCGCGGUUCCUGUGCCGCUCGCGUCGACCUGGACACGGGUGAAAUGUGACCAGCUCGAUUCCGCAGUGGGCGCGCGGAUUUCGGCUCGGUCGCGCGGAGAGGCAUCCUCACCGACCUCCUCGGACAACAAUGUCGCGCGCGCGGCCGCUCUGAAGCAGCGAGCCGCUGGCCGUUUUCUGCCCCCUUGUGUGGAUAGCGUUGUUAUCACGCCGUGGCGUAUUCUUCGGACUCUACGGCAUCGGUGGCGACUCCGAGGGUGCGACGACGCCGGAUGGAGAAGUGACCGCGCGGGCCUCGUUUAUUAUCAUAAUUUAUAAGUUGGGGGUUGGCAGGCCCGCGCGCCGUCGCAGUGCUUCGCCGGGGCGGCUGCUGGAGCGGAGCGUCGACGGAGCGCCGCCGCGGGCCCCCGCGGGCCCGCAAUUUGCGCUGGCUGCUCAUCGGCGGCAAUUAGCAUCCGCGUGGGCAUGCAGCCAGCGCCUCGCCAGCUGGUGGCGUUGGCGAGCCACCAAGAGGCGACCAAAAGGCACAACGAUCCUCUCCAAUCUCAGCAGGCCAAUGGAGUGCAGUUUCUCAAGACAUCGAUGGGAACAACACUUAUGGGCUCAGCAGGAGGGCAGCCAUCUAUUUUCAGUGUCGCCACUGGCAUUGCACCUUCAGCUGCAUCCAUGCAACAGCAGCAGUUGGCCACCCUGCUGCCUGGUCAGCAGUUUCUGGGAGCACCGCCACAGGGUUUUGUCCAGGGACACCAGGCCUCUCCUGUUGGAGUGAUGGUGGCGUCACGUGGCACCCACACACAACUGGUCAACGGCCCAGCUGGAGCCACUGCUCAGGUGAACUCUGCCCAGCAGAUAUUUUUGGCCCCACAGCCUCAGAGCACACAAGUUUUGCUGCCCAACCCAAGUCCCCUCUCCACAGGCCACCUGUUGGGCCAGCUUCUACCUCUGGGUGCAGGUGGAAGCCAGCAGGUGGUGCAGGUGGUGGCAGCCAAUGGCACAGUGCUCACCACAACCUUGGCCAAUCUGCCUGCCCUUUCGCAGCAGCUCUCCCUGGCUGCAGCUUUGGCUUCGGCCAGCAGCAAUGCAGCAGCAGCCUCCAAGCAGCAGGCCACUCUCACAAUGCCACACCACUUCCAGCAGGUGGCGCCACCACAGCAGCAGCAGCAGCAACCGCACAACGGGCACGUGACCAUGGCAGCCCACCAACAGCAGCAGCAGCAGCAGCAACAGCAGCAGCUACAACAGCAACUGCAGCAGCAGCUCCAACAGCCUCUCCAGCAACAGCAGUUGCAGCAACUGUUUGCUGCUGCACCCAGCAACUUUGCUGCUCUGGCGCCUGGUGCCUCCUCUGCUGCAGUAGCCACACCUCAGCUGUAUGCCAACAUCAAUGGCCAGCUGGUGGCUGUGUCACCACAGGUGUUGGGGCAGCCAAUGCCUGGUGGCCAACUCGUGCUGCAGCCACAGGGCUUGCCCAUCUCCCCAAUGUUCAUGCUCAACACUGCUGCCCCUGCACCACCAACAACUGUGGCAGGACACCACCAGCAGCAGGUGAUGGUGCCAGAGGAAGAAGAAGUGUCCGAUGGUGACGUCAAGGAGGAAGAUGACGAAUAUCAGACGCAUCAGGCAGCUGAAGACAUGUACUCUGCGGAGUCCCCUAGGGACUUGGCAGAGCCACAGGAUGAGGAGGAAGAUUCGGACCCCACCGAGAUUUUAGGCAUGAGUGCAGUAAGCCCAGGCAUCCAGUCGUCACCAGCAACUCGAACUCCUGCUGUCUUGCUGCAGGGAGAUCACACUGUGAUGUGCACGGCUCCCGAGACACCUGGCCUGGUAUCCUCACCGUCCAUAGGCCUUGUGCCGGUCACCAGCACUUCUGUCAACAGUGGACGGGUCAGCUGUCCGCCCGUGAGCAUUGCACCGGCCAGCAGUGCGCCUGUCACCAGUGCACCAACAGCUGAUGUGCCUAUCAACAGCAGUGCCCCGAAACCAGAAGGAACCAUAAGCCACACGUCGGCCAACAUGGUGGAUGGCAUAGACCUGGAGGAGAUCAAGCACUUUGCAAAAGCAUUCAAGCUGCGCCGGCUUAGCCUGGGCCUCACCCAGACACAGGUUGGCUUGGCCCUGACUUCCUCUGAGGGCCCCUCCUACAGCCAGAGUGCAAUUUGCAGGUUUGAGAAGCUGGACAUCACACCCAAGAGUGCACAGAAGAUCAAGCCCGUGCUGGAGCGAUGGAUGCGGGAAGCUGAGGAGCGGCUGCAGUCGGGGGGCAGCCAUGCCCUGGCCGACCUGGUGGGUGGCGGUGGUGUCGAGCCGACCAAGAAGCGCAAGCAGCGCACCUCCUUCACACCUCAAGCCCUUGAGGUGCUCAACCAAUUCUUCGAGAAGAGCACACAUCCCACUGGAGCAGAGAUGACAGAGCUGGCUGAGCAGCUCAACUAUGACCGUGAAGUGGUUCGCGUAUGGUUCUGCAACAAGCGUCAGGCAUUCAAGAACACCGUCAAGAGACUCAAGGCAUCUGCAGGUAUGGAUGGCCUGCUUCCGCCACUCUCAUCCGAUGCCACCACGGACUCUGUUGGCAGUGCCCCAUCUUGCAGCAUGGCAGAGACCUCAACAAGCCUCGUGGACUGUGCCGAAGGGAACCCAUCAGGAACAUGAUCUGCUGGCGGCACUGCCAUCGCCUCUGUACAGUUUAAACGCAUAAUAUUUCAUGUGCGAGGUUAAAACAGCUACAACACUGCAUUUACCACAGUGUGCAGCCAGCCAUCGCAGUGCAUUGUCGUGUGUGCGCGGCUCAUCCACCACUAACACUGUUACACCACAUUCAAGUACCUGCUCACAAGGAUGGCCUGUCACUACUGCCACACUCAUUAUCACUGUGGAACAAGCACUACAGUGCCUCCGUCAAACUAGGUUACAUGUGGAUUCAAGAACCAGUGAUGCAGGAGUCAUGAACAGGACAAGCACCAGCUUUGCCCAAGCUGCACGACUCGAACAAAGGCUCAGCGAUCACCUUGAAGGGGCGACUUGAGUUCUGUCCCGCUUGUGCAGACGAAUUAUGCAUCUACUGGCAGAGUGUGUGGAAAAGCUCACCUGCACCAGUAGCUCAUCUCUCGAGUGCCUCGGAUACUCAUUUUUACACCUGUUAAGGGCAGUCGUACUGUCGCUACUGUACAUUCAUGUAUGUCACUGUCACACUUUUACUUGAAUGUCUUCAUCUGCCCUCACAAAGUCAUUGUCAUAGGACAAAAAAUGUAUAUAAUCAAUUUCGUGUUUGCCAGCUGUGUGUAGCACCUUAAAGGGUCACAGGGCACAGCUCUUUGCUGUUUCAUGCACAUUUUUUUUUUUUCUGUGUCUGUGCAUGUGUGUCAUUUGUGUUCUUGUUCAGAAUGGUGUGAAACACUGGCAAUCCUUUUUAGCACAAAUCGAUCUUCUUGUUGCACUCAGGAAAGUCUAGAACACUUGCUGUGAGUAGGAAUAGACGUCGAGGCCCAUUUAGUACAGUGACUGACAGAUUCUGCUGAUGCACGGUUUUUAAGCAGUCAUUGAUUUUUUUGUUGCACCACCACAUACAUUUUAAAACAAUGUUUAAAACAAGCAUAUGAACUUCUGGCAGCGUCAUGCUCAAUUUGUAACUGAUGCACAUUGUUACAAAUACAGUUCAGUGUAAUUAUAAUGCCUGUAGUGCAGAAACGAAUAUAAUGCGAUCUUUUCAGACUCUCCUCUCAUAGAACUGAGUGCAUAUGCCAAAUGCCAGGGGGGGUGAUUUGGGGGCUGCUCAGACCCCCCCCCCAAAUGUUUACAUUUUGUAUGUGUAUAUUACACAUAUACCAACGCACUCACAAACAGAAAAAAAGGGUGGGCCGAACCAUUCUGCCCCCGUUGAAAAAUUCCUGGCUCUGUAUAUAGCAUCCAUGCAAGAUAAAAUAACAGUCAUAAUGUGGCCACCAGCAAAUCCUGCACAGUGCGCUUUUCAUUGAGUUGCAUGCAUCAGCGGUAGGGAGACCGACAAGGGCGGCAGCAUGGAAGAGAACAAGGAGCUGUAGGAAACAGCCAUGGUAGCACACCGCAUAAAUUGCGUGUUUGAAGGUACCUCUGUGCGGCCGCAUACAAGUUGCCUAGCUUGUGGAGAGGCUUGUCAUAUGUCCUGCACUGAAUUUUUUUUCUUUCCCGUCUCAUUUCAAACUGACAUGCGUACUGUCACUCACUGCAUCUUCAGUUAUUUAUGCAGAAUGUAAAUACUUUGCUCAUUUACUUUUCAAAAAACAAUUUUGAAUGACAUCUGCAUCGUGCCCUGACAGUCUAGAGAGGUCAAUACUUGGACAUUUGCAUUGGUGAAAUUAAAAGGGUGCUAACAACUUGGUCACAUAGUUCAUCCGAUAUCUGUAGCUGUUUGUUCUGCUUAUUUUACGUCUGUGUAGACUUUGGCAAUUUGUUCUGGUCCUCGUGAAGUUCUGAAUCUGGAGACUAUCUUCAUAAGUGAUCAACACCGUAUUACAACCACGAACAAAGCUGCUGCCUUAUGGGUAAAACAACCUUUUGGCUUUCUUAGACCUGCUUGACUGCUCUGACCGGUAGUGAGGAAAAAUAGGCACUGCACAUCUCCGCAGUAGUAUUGUUCAACUGAUUCUUUCUUCCUGCAAAACAUUACAAUUGAAUGAGUACGGAGGCGGUCAUUCAAGUCUGAUUCAUGCCACAAGCACUGACACUUGGAUGAGUUGGUAGCGGCUCAUAUCGGAUGUGUAACACGAGCCAAGUGCAAGCUCUCAAGUAUUUUAAUUAUAAAAUAAAGUGCACCUAAAUAAUUUGUCACAAGUGCACCUUGUGGUGAAGGUCAACAAAUGUAUUUGUUUCUUUCAACAUACCGCAGCCUUAAAGGGCAGAAGUGGAGGUGGAAUACAAAAAUUGCAAUACAAAAAAUGUACAGAACAUGAAUAUCACUGGUUAGUAAUGUACAAAAAGAAUUCAUCAAGUGGUAAACGUUUCUAACAUGGCCGAGUAAAGCAUUCUAUAUUUCAACAGUGAGGACAAAAAAAAACUGUGUUUAUACGCAUUUGUUCGGUGAUUAAAAGGAGACAUGUUGAGCUUAUGCUGAUGUCUGGUGGAUGUAGAUUUAGCGGGUGUGACGUAGUUGCCGAGUAAAGGAAAUCGUGGACAGUGAAUGAGAGUGUAAAGAAACUUUAAAGAUUCAACGUGACAACAAGAACAGAGACUAGUUAAGCUGAAGACUAUGAAAAUGAGAACUAGGUGAAAAAUGCCUGUCGUUGCGACGAUAUGUAAAGCGUAUUGCUGUCUUCUGGACGGAUUCAAUUUUUUUUAUGUCAGAUAUUUUGUGAGGGUUUCAUAUGACAGAGCCAUACUCGAGCAGUCAUGUCUGUUUAUUUGUUAGUCUCGCCACCAGGUGCAUCGGUAACAAAAUGUUUAAGUGUGUUUUGCCUUUUAAAAAAAAAACUAAUUGAGAGGUCUUGAUGUCUCUCUCUUGUGCUUGUCUAGUGUUGCACAACUAGUGUGACUCAUGACAUGUUGGGAGCUCUUACCAAAUUUAAAGCAAUACUGGAAAUCCGCCAUCUUAAAAGUAAAGGGCUUUUCCAUGAGCGACAUGAAUCAGUGGUGGCUGCAUUCGGCAGGUCUCGCCAUAAGUGGGAAAUUAAAGCGAGCUCUCUUGGAGGUCAUUUCAACAUGUAGCCCUGGAAAAGUGCGAUUACCCACUCAGCUGUUAUGACACGCUGGGUGGAGUGCAGAAGGCUCGUAUGCUAGCAGGAAGCUGCAAAGUGAGUUAGUAAAAUGGGUUUCAGCAGUAUGUUGUCCAUGUGACAUGCAAAAUCUGAACUUUUGUUAGUGGAGCACCUAGCAAUGUACAGCAAUGAGCACAGUCGAAGUGAACACCCGAGCGCAUGCUCACAUUUCAUGAGGCACCAGUAUAGCCAACUCAGGGAAGCUCUGAGCUCGCACCGUGUUUGUAGCCGAGCAUGAGCAUUUUGCUUCAGUAAUGCACCACUGUGGUGAGAUAGCUUGUACAUGACGUGGAAUGGCAGUUUCACUGACUAGAGCCCUAGGGAACUGGUCUGUCAGAAAAAAAAUUAAUUUCAUCUCCCUCGCUACCUCCAGCUAUCCAUGAAUAUGGUCUAAUCACUUUCCCUCAACAGAGUGCAGCUUUGAGGAACCAAAUCGGCUCGUUUGCCCUGAGGCAAACGAGCCGAU